UCAUCUAUAUAUUAACAAGCUCACACACUAUUGAUCAGAAAAAUAAACAAAGCAUACAUAUUGAAUCAAAUGGCGAGCUUGAGCUGCCGCUUCAUUCUUAUUGUGACGUUCUCUUGCUGGAUUAAUUUGUCGUUAUCAGAGCUUUCGCCAGAUUUCUAUGGCAAUAUUUGCCCGCAGUUAUUGCCCGCCAUCCGGCUCGUUGUCUUCUCUGCCAUUGCUAAAGAACCGAGAAUAGGCGCUUCGCUUGUCCGGCUGCACUUCCAUGAUUGCUUCGUUAAUGGUUGCGAUGCCUCGGUACUUUUAGACGACACACCGAGCUUCACAGGAGAAAAGACAGCUGGUCCUAACAACAACUCAUUGAGAGGUUUUGAUGUCAUUGAUGAGAUAAAAGCUGCGGUUAAUUUGGCAUGUUUGGGGAAUGUAGUUUCAUGUGCAGAUAUUCUUGCCGUCGCCGCUCGUGAUUCUAUUGUUGCGUUAGGCGGAGCACCUUACAACGUCCUACUUGGCCGUCGCGACGCCACCACCGCAAGUUUUGACGCGGCCAACAACGACCUUCCUGCACCCAUAUUCGACCUACCCUACCUCAUCUCCAAGUUCGAAUCCCACAACCUCAGCCUCCAGGACCUCGUCGCCCUCUCCGGCGCCCACUCCCUCGGCUUCGCCCGCUGCACCACCUUCCGAUCCCGCAUCUACAACGAAAGCUCCACCAUCGACCAUUCCUUCGCCCAAUACUUACGAGCCCAGUGCCCGGCUUUCGGCGGCGAAGGCGACGACAUUCUGGCACCGUUAGACGACUCCCCCGCCCGCUUCGACACAGAGUACUUCGACGGCUUGCGGCUGAAUCGGGGGAUUUUGCAUUCGGACCAGCAGUUAUUUAGGGGAGAUGGGGGUGAGGCGGACUCGCUUGUGAGACAUUACAGUGAGCAGAGGGAAGUAUUUUGGGCGGAUUUUGGGGCUUCCAUGGUUAAGAUGGGGAAUUUGAGUCCGCUUUUAGGGAGUGAGGGGGAGAUUAGGGAGAAUUGUAGGCAUGUGAAUGUUGGCAGUUAAUUGGGUUUGGAGUGCACUUAUUGCUUGUGUUGGAAUUGAGUUGAUUAUAUAUCCAUGUUUUCGAAGCUUUAUUACAAGAGAAAUGCCUGCGAUAUGUACAUGACAUCAAUAUACACCAAAUAUUUUUACUCAUUACUAGUUUCAAAAAUAAAAAAAAAACAGAGAAAAAAAGU